GCAUGCGCUGCUGUGGGCUUGGAGUCCAAAAUGAUUCCGAGUGGUGUGCUGACUUGUCAUAUGUCAACGUCGAUAUACUUCGAGUGGUGUGGGUGAUGUGGGACAGGUAUGAUCUAUAUUGCAUUUGCAGACUACAUGGUGCUUUGGCUCCACGAGUUUCAUCUAUGACUGACCCGCAAGCAGAAGACCUGUACGGCAUUCUCGGCGCUCGUUCGGACGCGGACUACGCGGAGCUGAAGGCGUGUUACCAGAGCCUGGCGCGGGCCACCCACCCAGACAAGCAGGGCGGCGGCAGCGGCGGCGGCGGUGGGGAGCAGUUCCAGCGCGUUCAGCGCGCCUGGCGGGUCCUCAGUGACCCGGCCGCACGUGCCGCAUACGACCGGAGCGCGACCGCAGCGCGUCUCUCUUCUGUCGCUGUUGAGGACGAGCUGCAGCUCUCCGAGCUCGACUGGCGGGAGGAUCUGGACGCCUAUUGGCGCGACUGUCGCUGCGGUGACGGGUUCGUGCUGCCCCGCGAGCAGCUGACUCCCGGCGCGCUGCUCGUUCAAUGCGACUCGUGCUCGCUCACUAUCAGAGUGCUGGUGUCCCCUGAUGGCAUCACAGGGCAGUAGUGGCCGCCGGCCGUCGCUGCUGGCCCCCUGGGAGCGUAGUCGCCAGAAGACAAUCACUAGCUUCUUCUCGUCCGGGCGGAGUACACCCGGAGGCCGGGCGUCUUCCGCCAGUGCCCCUGACGCGGGGGAGCUGUACCGAGCUGAGCACACCCCCGUCCGACCGACUGCGAAUCGGUGUGAUGUCACCUCGCCGGCACUGUUCUCGCCGGAGGAGUCAGAGUGUGGGUCUCGCUUCGCUAGUGAUACCAGCCGGGCAGAGCAGGCCCCGCUGGCCUCACCAGCUGCCGCUGUCAGUGACAUGGAACUCGAAGAGUGUAUAGUGGACGAUGGGGCGAACCCCAGUAGUGAUCACGCUGCCUCCGUUGAUCAGUGCUCGAAUAGUGAGCGCCAUUCUGCGGAGGAUGACCGCUCCGUCCCUUCUCGGGUCUCUGUGAUCUCUUCCGCUGACGCACAGCGCCUCUUGCGGCAGGCGGAUGAACUAUUGUUCGGGAACCGACCGCAGGGUGGCGCUAGGGUUUGUCCUUACGGCCAGGAGCGAUGUCGAAUGUUGGCAUACAGCGAUCGGCCAGCUUACCAAAGGUUGGCCCUUGUGUGCAAUUUUGACCCGAUGUUGUGAUAAAAUACAUGCUAUUUAUGGUA